CGGAAAUGAGAACAGAAAGGCAGAAGUGCAGACGGUUUAUGCUAAAUAUUGUCAAGACAGUAAGGUGGAGGUGUGCACGAGAGAAUGAGAGAGUGUUCAUCCAGUAGACAGAUAAUAAGGAGAUAAAAGCCGUCUUAAUUUGAAUUUAAGAAAGUAACACAGUGGAUACUGUCUGACUGCAGUUUGAAGAUGGGUGAGUCCAGUAUCUGCCAGGUGAGGGCGACAGUCAUGCUGUACAAUGACGCAGCCAAGCGAUGGGUGCCAUCGUGUUCUGACACUCCGGCUUUCAGCCGCGUCCAGAUCUAUCACAACCCUGCGACCAACACCUUCAGAGUGGUGGGACGCAAAAUGCAGGCGGACCAGCAGGUUGUGAUCAACUGUCCAAUUAUCAAAGGAAUGAAGUAUAACCAAGCCACACCAAACUUCCACCAGUGGCGUGAUCCCAAACAUGUGUGGGGGCUCAACUUUGGGAGUAAGGAGGAUGCUGUUCUUUUUGCCAACUCCAUGAUGCAUGCAUUAGAGGCAAUCAAUGCUCCACCAACCCCAGCCUCUGCUCACAAUGGACCAUCUGCAGAGGAGCUGGAACAACAGAAAAGACUGGAGCGCCAGCAGCAGGAGCAGCAGGAGAAGGAACGUCUAGAGAGAGAGAGACAGGCAUCAACUGUCACAGCUGCUCCUCCUGCUCCGCCUGUUCCUCCUGCACCUCCUGCGCCUCCUGCUCCACCAGCCGCACCACCUGCUCCACUGGGACCACCACCUCCACCGGGACCACCACCUCCACCAGGACCACCCCCACCCCCAGGGCCGCCCCUUCCCCCGAACGCACCUCCACCUCCUUCUGGAGGAACUGCCCCACCCGCUGCACCUCCUGCACCCUCUGGUGGAGGAGGCAGUCUUGAUAUGAGCAAUCUAGCUUCAGCUCUGGCAGGGGCCAAACUGCGUAAAGUGGCCAAGGAUGAAGGUGGAGCAUCUGCCCCAGCACCCAAAGCAGCAUCCUCAUCUGGUGGCGGUAGUGGUGGAGGAGGCGGAGGUGGAGGUGGUCUAAUGGGAGAAAUGAGUGCCAUUCUUGCAAGGAGGAGGAAAGCUGCUGAUAAUCCUGCUGCAAAAACUGAAGAACCUCGAAAUGAGAACUCAUCGUCACCAUCCAAAUACUCAGGACCAGGAGAUAUCAAUGGAAAACCAAGGGAAAAAUCUGCCACCAUGCCCAGGCCCAAAACCUCCAACCAAACUUCCAGCACUGCCUCUGCUCCAGCCCCCUCCAGUAGCCCAGUAUCCAGGAUGAAGACGGUGAAAAAGAACUCCGAUGGAGCAGGGAAUGAAGCUGUCGAUAUGGAAAGACUCAAACAGGAUAUUCUUGAAGAAGUGAAAAAAGAGCUUCAUAAAGUGAAGGAUGAGAUCAUUGCAGCUCUGGUACAGCAACUACAAAGUGCACAGCUCAAAGACGAAGAAUCCUAAAAGAUGAAGAGAUAAUGUGAAUCAAGAGAUGAUAAUAUUCUGUCAUUCAAUGCUCAGGAAAAUAAAACAUUUUUACC